AUGUCUGAAUACAAGUGGGAAGUGGGAACAAAAUUUAGGGAUAAAAAUGAGUUUAUGGAUGCUGUUAGAAGUUAUGUAGUCCAUGGUGGGAGAGAGUUGAAGUUUAUGAAGAAUAAUAACAGACGGGUACGAGUGAGAUGUUUGGGUGCCCAAAAAAGUUGGCCAUGGAUGGCUUAUUGUGGCUAUAUGGAAGGAUGUAGGACAUGGCAAUUGAGAAAACUAGUGGAUAAACAUACUUCCAGUAGGCAAUUCAAGAUUAAAAUGAUGAAUGCUAAGUGGUUGAGUGAGACAUUAGAUAAUUCACUACAAGAAAAUCCAAAUUUGAAGAUAAAUGAAAUACACUCAAAAGCUUUGAGGAAAUGGAAUACCAAUGUCACACUUUCUAAAGCUCGUAGGGCAAAGAUAAUUGCAUUUGAAAAAGUUGAAAGUAGUUUUAAAAAUCAAUUCAAAAGAAUACAUGACUAUGCACAUGAAUUAUUGAAAUGUAACCCUGGAUCAACAGUAAAAGUUAAAGUGGAUAGUGACAGUGGUCAAUCAAUUUUUCAGAGGUUCUAUGUUUGUUUCAAAGUUUGCAUGGUUCGCUUCGUCUCUUGUAGGCCAUUUAUUGGUUUGGAUGGAUGUUUUCUGAAAGGAUUGUAUAAGGGGGAGUUAGUAGCAACUAUUGGGAGAGAUCCUAAUGACCAGAUGUUACCUUUGGCAUAUGCAAUUGUGGAAGUAGAGAACAAAGAUAGUUGGACAUGGUUUUUAGAGUUGUUGAUAGAAGACCUUGGGGGUGCUAAAGUAUGCAAUGCAUGCACUUUUAUGUUUGAUCAACAAAAGGUAAAUGCAUUUUUCUAUUCUAUUUCAUAA